AUGUCCGAAUGGCUUGGCACAGAUUUCGGAGAAGUGGGUGCUGCCCGAUCCAUUCGGCGACAUGGACCGUGACUCUCGGAGUACCCGAUUGAAGAAAUCUUGACCCACUACCGAUACAUUGCCUUCUUGAAGCACGUCGUUCACUCUGCAGGGAUAAUCUACGACUUCCUUGUAGCGUCUCACAAUUCAACGACGCGUCACAUUCACCAAAGUCACAACCGUGCCAAGUCAAAGUCGAUUGCGCGAAAUCAGCCCGCUCUCGUCACCGCGUGCGUCACGCCGAUUGACCCACGCACGCGCUGCUCAGUGACAAGGGUGAAUCGCGGAUACAAAUAAUGAUCUUCAAGCGGCACUUGCAUCGCACAGAGUACCCAUUCGUACGCCAGAUGGUACGAUAUGACAUCAUCUCAAGCAAGUGGUCUACCUCGCUACCCCGCUACCCCGCUACAUUACAUUAG